CGAGCGCGACAUGAGCGGGUGAAAACGUACGUGAUGACGAGGGUUUUUGCUCUUCGCACGUUUUUGUGGAUAUUUGUGUGUGUGGAUUCUAUGAGUGGGCAAGAGUCAAAAUGCUGCACCAAAGUCACUGGAUCAUGUCGAAGCGCCUGCGAGAAGCUAUCGCUCGCUUCAGCCGCAUCGGAUUCCGAAUACCGGGAGCAACGACUUCUUGACGUCCACAAUUUCUGCUCUCACCUUCUGGUCUCAUUUUGGCAGUGUAUAAACCAAACACUUGACGAGAUGAGCAGAGGUGACAGCUGGUCUGGGAAGACGUGUUGUAACCUGCCUCAGUCGGACAGAUGUCAGCAAGCCUGCAUCAAAGCAUCCAGCAGGAAAGACCUGAUACACAAUUGUCGUCAGAGUGACGAGAUUGCCUUCUUCAGCUGUUUGGAUAAACAACAGAUGGGGGAGGAGUGUUGUGCCACAGCGCAGAAUGAUGAGUGUAAAAUGGCGUGCAGGACGGUGUUCCGCAGCGACGCGACGCCCAACCGCAACGCCAAGACGGCGCUGACACAUGCCUGUGGAGGCAACAGUCCGAGGACGCUGGCGUGUGUCAACAACUUUACUAGAUCAGCACCCGUGCCCAACCCUCACAAGUUCGUGCACUGCUGUGAUGAGGCCACCAGUGCAGAGUGCCACAACUCUUGUCGUCGUGUGCUGCAGGAAAGUUCCACAGAUCAGGAGAUAAUAGAUGGACUCCAGGAGGGUGGUUGUGGCCCACCCUUACUUCAUGAAAAGAUAUGGCAGUGUUUUCUACAGAGUGGGGAUGCAGCCCCUAGUGUAGAAGCCUCCCUGAUAGACCGCAUGGGUAUGGACUCUGCAAAGCUGCAUUGCUGCUACAAUGCGAGAUCUUCGACAUGUCGCAAACUUUGUCUCAAGACAUUCUCUACAGACUGGACACAUUCAUGGGAGGAGUUCAGCUCCCAAUGUCUGCACCAAUACAGUGAAGACAGCCUACAUCACUGUCUAGAUGAAGUGGAGGAGCCUUGUGAGCUGGGCUGUGAUGGACUCAACUACUGCUCCAACUUUAACAACAGACCGACCGAGUUGUUCCGCAGCUGCACGGCGACAGCAGACGAUGCUGCACGCUCUGACGUGGCAAUGUGGACUCUCAAGGGAGAACUGUCCCUGCCAGGACUGCAGAUACCUAUCCGCAAUAUCUCACAGUGCUCUCCCAUGAUGUGGAAGGCAGUCGCUUGUACGUUGCAGAUCAAACCUUGUCAUCGUACCACGCACACAAACAGGAUCUGCAGACAAGACUGUUUCAACCUGCUGAGCCAGUGUAUGGACUGGACGCGGAUGCCCGCUGACACAUCUGCUGCUAUCAUCUGCAACCGUCUGUCGUCUGACAACCCAGCCACACCUUGUGUCUCACUGGAGCCCUACUUGGAGCCCAGUGAUCAGCCCUACAGUCCUCCCAGGGACCAAGUGACACAGCCUUGCCGUGGGGAACCUUGUACCUCAGGGCAUCUGUGUGCUGUCAAUCGAUACUGCUCUACGUCUCGCUCUUGUCAGCCGUACACUUGUGCUCAAGGCUGCAAGCUAGGUGAGGUCUCCAACUCCCUAGUCCCAGUAGGGACCUACGUCCGCAUACCCAGUGGCAGCAACGGGUGUCUUAAGAUAUGCCAAUGCUCCAGUGAUGGUUCCAUAGACAACUGUCAGCCUGUGCCGUGCUUUCCUCUGGAGGCAUGUUGGAUCAGCGGCAACAGACAGGAGCACGGGACCUCCUUCUACAUAGAGUGCAACUUCUGCAGCUGCUACGCCGGAGAGAUCACGUGUACCAAGAGACAGUGUGAGAUGUCUCACGUAGGUCUCAGAGACGUAGCGUUCACCAGUCUCCCUUGCAACUGUCCUCCGCAUCAUGUACCAGUGUGUGGCAGGAAUGGCAGGACGUACCCUAGUGCCUGUCUGGCCAAGUGUUCUGGUCUGAACGAUGCUGAUUUUGAGUUCGGGUCUUGUGAGGAGAAGGAUCCGUGUGCCUCCAACCCCUGCGAAGAAGGGGAGGCCUGCAUUCCCAGCAAGAGGGUGUGUCUGUCACUUCUGCACAGUCCCUGCCCUCAGUAUCAGUGUAUAAACAUCGCAGACGCCUGCAACAGCCAGAAGAGUAGCCCGGUGUGCGACACUGACGGACAUCAACAUCCAAACAGCUGUUACCUACUGAGAUACGCCAAGACUCUGGCCUACCACGGGCCCUGCUUGAGUGGCUGCAACAAGACCGGGCUAGUGUGUGGUGCAGACGGCAACACGUACUCUUCGGAGUGCUCUGCUGUGGCGAGGAACGUCCACGUAGACUACCAUGGCCCUUGUGUGGCUGUGGGACUAGUGGACGACCCUCAGUGUCCCUUGGUCAGGUGUCCUCCCCUCACCAUGCCAGGGUGUCUGGGAGUGACUCCUCCUGGAGCGUGUUGUCCUGUGUGCGCAGGGGCCAUCCGGGUGCUCUACAGCCAGAAGCAAGUAGACCGAGCGUUGUACGCCCUCAAGUCCAGUCAAGCAGUGUCCGCCCUUACGCUACAGACCGUACUGAGGUCUUUGGACCGUCACGUGACCGUAGCAGAGUGUGGGGUACGUGGUCAUGUGACCGUAGAACUCGACCUGAUGGUGCUGGUAGUGCCAACGAGACCCUCCCCUUCACCCCUGCAGCUGCAAGCCUGCGUGGGAGAAGCUGACAAGUUGGCCAACCUGAUCAGACUCGCCAGUCCCAAGCUGGUAGCAGAACUGAGCUUGGGCACCCUAACUGCUGCUAGGGUUGUGCACAAUGUGGUGGAGAGCAAUGCUGCCAAUGUGAACGUGAAAUUAUCCUGGAGUAUGACAAUAAUGUUGUUCAUUUUAGUGAGGUGGUGCUAGUAAACUACGAGGUGAAAAUGGUCGUUAGGCCUUAAAUUGGUCAAAUAGUUUGAGCCAUAUUCCAUUUAUAUGCAGGUCAAUGUGGCAACAUUAAGAAAAAAAGAGACGCAAAGAACCAUAAGAAAUCUGGUAAAGUGUUUAAGGAUCACAUAUUGAUGAACAACCUUAGAAGAUUUUACCUUCUUAAAUACAUUGCCGAUGGACGAUGCAUUAUAUUAAUGUGGUCAUAUGACUGGUUAAGUUGACAACAGGUGACAUGACAAAACACCUCAAAACUAUUAUUAAUAACAUUCUAUUAGUGUUACCAUGUACAGUAUGUUUUAAAAACCCACACAGAUUGAACUGUACGGUACAAUGAUCAAUUUUAAAGCUGGAUUGAGACUGAUUAAGGCUAUGAUACAGAACUAAUAUAGACUUUUAGGAAAUUAACGUACGAAUUUAGUUCAUAUUUCUAUUAUAAAUUACGACUAAAUUUGUUAGUUUGUGGUCAUUACAAAAUAGUUAUUAAAUGCAAUUAUUUAUAUUGAGGUAUACACCAAAAUCUUUGUUUUAUAUAUAAGUAUAGAAUUAUUUUACAUAUGAUAAUAAUGUGUUAAUAAUGUACAUAAUGUAUAUACUUAACUGUCAAGCUAGAUGUGCCAAAUGUUAUAAAGUGUUUAUUUUAACUGUAAAACACAG